GUGCGACAGACUUAAGAUAUCACACGUUGCCACCGCUUUUCGCAGCGACUCCAACCUGCAUUACAAAGUUUUUAUUUUAAAUCAAUUUAUAAAAUGUUUGGGACAUAUACUGCAGACCACAGCAAGAUGGGAUAUUCCACUGGUGCAGCAUCUCAGCGCGACCCGGAGAUGCAGCGCAAACACGAGCGUGUAGAGCAUGAGCGGCUAACGAACAGCGGGCAGUCGUUCAUGCCGAAUAAUUGCCCGAAUAAACGCCCAUAUGCUUCGCAACCUUCGAAGCUAUCAAUGGACAAGAUCGAAAACAGGCAGAGCCAACGUUUUGGGUCGCGCUUGAUGAGCCUCCAAAAUACCCAGCAGCUGACACCAACACAAGGACCAGUGACGGGCAAUGGAAUGCGCUGUGCCGAUGGAAAUUACUCACUGUCCGCCCAGUCUAGCGGCUGGGACAGUGGGUACAACAGCCAAUGCGGAGGUUCUUGGCAGUAUUACUACCAUGGCGGCUACUACCAGCAGCAAUUUUCGCAGCCAGCUCCCACUCAGACACCAGGCUACUUCACGAAGGCGUACAACCCUGGAACAAGCCAGUCGCCUAGUAGCUCAAGCAACGCAAGAAAUGGUGGUGAUCAGCAUAGCAAUAGUGGACACAUACCCACUGCCCAGGUGUCGGCUCCUGAGAAACCAUACCGCUACCCUGUGGCCGAACACGACAAGACGCCUGUGCUACCCAUGAUACCCGUGAGAAAGAGCACGAGGAACAUGGCACACUACAAGCCUUAUGCCAAGAAGGCAAGGAAGGAUAAGAGCAGGAACAAAAAAAAUGAAGCCGCUGUAGCCCAACGUGAUGGACCUGUUGUUGAAAACCCUGUCGUCAUCAACGACAUAGAAAAAGAGCUGACCUUAGUCUGCAGUAUUACUGCCAAGUACUUUGAAGGGGCAAAUUGCAGAGAUUGCGGACGGCAAUUUGUCAGAGGUGAAUUCUACGAAUAUAGCCGGCACGUCCACGACCAUGAUGUACAGAAGAGGCUUGCUAAGGCUGAGGAGGAGCAAUCCAAGAUAGGCAAUCCCUCCAUCAGGGCUGGUCCUUCUGUACCUGCAAAACCUGCAAACUGGGCUGAAUUCAAAAAGAGAGAGAAAGAGAAAGCGGAAAAAAUGGGCACUUGAGACCACAGAGAAGAGCACAAACGACGCAGACAGCAUGCGAGUGAUGAUGAACAAGACUGGAUAAUUUUUCCGUCGAGGACCUUAUUUGAAGAUUUUACAAAAUAUAUUUGUUUUAAAAUAUAUUGUGCAAUAUUUUUUCUAAUAUUAAAAUUUAUUAAAUCGUA